GACACAACGCAGCGGCUGUGGCGCACAGCUUGCUGGAGGACAGGGCUGUCCCCGGAGUUGGUUACAUUCGCCUUUCAGCAGGACGAUCACAAAGGGCUGCCCCGGGAGUGCUGUGCGCCUGUCCUCUACUUCAGGACUUCAGGGCUAGGAAGACCUAGCCGAGUCAUCACAUCUCGCCGCCAGCCAGGAACAGCAGCCCUCUGAGCACCGAGCACCGAGCACCGAGCACCCAGGAGUGCCUGCGCAGCGCUCGUCACGUGACCGCCCGGACCGCAGUUCCAUGGACCAAACACAGAGACUCCUGGGCCAACCCCUUUCCACUCCUACUUCCAAGCCCAAGAAGAAAAGGACAGCAAUAAUAUCUUUCUUUUCUAAGGUUUCUUGGAGACUGAGGUUCCAGAAGCGGGAGCCUUUGAAGAAUGUGUUUUUCAUCUUGGCAGAAAGAGCCCGGGACCCCAGUGCUAAAAAGCGCCAUCUGGCAAUGAGAGGUCUGGGCACCAUGGCCUGUGAAGCCCCCAAUCAGGUGAGAAAGUAUAAGAAAAUUAUGCUAGACCUGCUGGUGCACGGACUGUACGACCCUGUGAGUUCUGAAGUCAUCCACGAGAGUAUGAAGGCUCUGACCGUCAUCCUGGGCAAGAUCCAGGGGAAAGGUCUGGGCUCCUUCUUCAUAGACAUCACCCUUCAGACCAGGACUUUACUGGAUGAUGAGAACGACAGUGUGAGAUAUUCAGCCUUUGUUUUGUUUGGGCAACUGGCUGCUUUCGCUGGGCGGAAAUGGAAGAAAUUUUUCACCAGUCAGGUGAAGCAGACACAAGAUUCCCUCCUGACUCAUUUACGGGACAGAAACCCCCAGGUUGCCAAGGCUUGUAAAACAACUGUUCGAGCCUGUUCUCCAUAUCUGAAACUGAGGAAGGAGUACAGCUUCCAGAACGAAGAAGAACAAAGGAACCCCAAACUCUGUCGGCAGCUGAGCCACUAUCAUCCGGAGCUCCUGCAGUUCUUCUACGCAAAUAAAAUUCUGUAAGCAUGGAGGGCAGGAAAAUGGUCUCGCUCGAGUGUCCUGCUGGGGCCGUCAUGUGCCCUCUGUUUUGUCUCACUGGGUGCCUCUUCUUCUCACCUCUUGUGACUGUAGUAGAAAAGAGGAUGUCAGGAAAGAAACUGAGGUCAGAAACAAUACGUGGAAUCGUACGCUGAGGCCCAACGCGGGAUUCUGAAUUGCUUUCACAUAUAUCUUUCUCCCUACACAGGUUUGAUGAGAAGGGACAUUUUUCUUAAAAUCACGGAAGAUACAUGUGGGUUCAGUGCUAUUUCUCAGUUAUUUCCUUUUGAAGUUCAUCUCUGUCAAUGACCUUAUAUUUCUAAUAUUUAACUUCUAUGACUUAGGAGAGUAAUUGUUACCCUGAGGUAUGUUUUUUCAAAAUAUGUAUUUGCUACUGAUAUUUUGCUAUGUGCUCUUGGUACCUUUUCCUGCUAUGACUCACAGUUGGCCAAGAUACCAAGAAGGUAGUUUGCAGGGAAAUCUUCAGUUUCUCACCAUCUUAAAAACUCAUUGUCUUCACAAUCACCUUUAAAAAGAACUAACAAAGAAAAAAAAUCAAUGAAGCAUGCGUUGAACAUUCUCAGGCUGAGGAUAACUUAUGGAAUAAAAAUACUAAGCACACUUUAUUGAGUGGUUACAAUUUAUUAGGUAUUAUCUAAGAACUUUCUUCAAGUAUUACUUAGUACUCAUAACAACCCUAUGAGGUAGACAGACACUUAUAUUGUUCUCACUUUGCAGAUGAAAGGCCUAAGUGUGGAAAAAUGAAGUAAUUUGCUCAAAAUAAAUGAUGGAGAGAG